UUCGGUGGAUCACUUUUUAAAGCCCUGUUUAGAUUUUGGAGGAGAUUUUAAUCCUCACGCCGGGUGGCGGUAAUACACUUUAACGCUGUGUGACACCCGUUUUCAAAUACAGAAGAAGAAGAAACUGAUGAAACCUCUGUAGAUAGACAGUCUCCUUUCCGUUUACAAGGCCAGCAAUGGCGUUGCUUUACGGCCUUAUUUGGCGCCUUCUUUUAGCUUUAGUCCGUAUCAAAAGAGCGACAGUUUCCUGGCUCCGAGUCCGUCUUCGAACAUGGAAAGGCAGUUUCUGGCAGCGGACAAUGGCUGCGCUGCUGCUGCCGGUUCCUGUGUCUGAGUUCAAGCAGAACAAGGCCGGUGCUAACCAGAGUUCUGACGGCGAUGAUGAUGGCAAAGGCGCUGGAAGCCGUCGGUCACGUUGGAUAUCUGACGGGAUUUCGCUGGAGAAACUACCGGUCCACAUCGGCCUCGUAGUGGCCGAGGAGGAGCUCAGCUACACGGACAUCGCCAACAUUGUGGUCUGGUGUAUGGCUGUCGGUGUUUCCUACGUCAGCGUCUACGAUCAUCACGGUAUUUUCCAGAAAAACAACUCUUCUCUUCAGGAGGAGAUAGUGAGGCAACAACACAACCUGUUGGGUGGAGAUGACUCUACAUUCAACAUGGAGUUACUGAAAAACGGCUCAGACAAACCCCAACACUUUGUUGUGUCCUGUAGACCCAUAGUGAAGGUGCUGUCCCCAGAGGAUGGAAAGCACAGUAUUGUCCAGGCAGCAAGAAAACUUUGUCACUCUGUGGAGAAGAAGGAAUGGAGCUCUAAAGACAUCAGCGUCUCCGUGUUGGACAUUCUUCUCAGAGGUUUGACUCUGCGCUCAUAUGCACCAGUACUUUAAUAAACACUUAACAUG